AGGAAGAGCAGAAUUAAAACAAUGGCGGAGAAUUUUUAUUCUGUCAAGACAGCCCUUCAUGUAGGAAUAGUACAAAUAUUAGGCGGCCUUGUAGGUGUUGGUAUUGGUGCAUUUAAUACUAGAGAAGAGGAUCAUCGAGCAUUUUUUAAGUUUAAACCCGAAGGACUUCCAGUGUGGUCUGGAAUAUUGUUUAUUGUCACAGGAGGAGUGGGAUGUCUUAGUUACAAACAUGCCAAAAAAUCAACUAUUCAUUUCUUUCUGAUGUUUUGUGUUUUGACCAUUAUAACAAGUAUCUUGAUGUUCUGGAUCAUUUUGCCACUGAUUGUGUCAGGGAAGAAAGAAGUAUCAUGGAACUUAUUUUUUGGUUCAUUCCUUGGAGUUGUGGCAAUCAUAUUUGUUGUGAGCAUGAAAGGAGCCUUUGUAACAUUUAAAUCAUCAUUUUUUCAACACAACUGCUUUAUCAAUCCUCACCCACUACAGCACACAGCUGAGCCUGUUGAACUUUCAACAUCUGUUUGUAUGAUCACAUCAACUUCAGUUGCAUCAGAAAACACCCUGGAAGAAAUUAGGCAACAAAGAAGAAUAUCGAGGUCAUCAAGUCAGUCUACUUCUACGCCUCAUCGCCACACGCGUCACUCACACAGACAUCACAGACCAAGAGGUUACUCAAGCCGGAGAGGAGUGGAGAGAGAAUCAAGAAUUGCUCGAUACGAUGAACGACCCCCUCCCCCUGCGUACCAGACUAUUAAGUUUCCUUAUCUACCGGCUUACCAAGAGGUUGACGAAUCCCUUCCACCCCCACCGUAUACAGAGAAAAAAGAAGACACUUAAAGCUACUUGAUCACAUUUUAUUUGUCACGGAGUCGUUCAGAAGUGGAAUUAUAACAGAGACUCGCGGUUUCGUGAAGUUUCAGAAAGCUGUACUUUUGGGGGUAGAGGCGAGAAAACACGUUCAGGCAACAGUGCUAAGAGAUAUCGCGACCUGCUUGCGUAGUGUCCGGGAGGAAAAUGGAAAGAUCACGUUCUUCGAAUGAUCACAACACAGACAGAAAACGAAAGAAAAGUGUUUCCUCACUCAACUGCUCGUUCAUGGCUCGUCAGAUCAUCCUGAACGCCAGAGGAACUCUUCUAUUUAACGUCGUAGAUUGAGUGUCUUACUGAAAAAGUCGCAAUCAUGUGACCUGUUUCGUAUAUUCUGGCCUCCCCGAGUCUUUAUGUAAUACUUUUUCCUGCGGUACUCUUUCAAGUUUAAAAUUAAUAAGUGCUUUUUGUUGAAUUUGUGCUUAAACUAACCCAUUAACGGUUUUUUCAAACUAAGAGAAUCGGGUGUUUGAAUAGAAAUGUUAAGCGAAAGUGUUGAAGUGAUUUAUGUAUAAUAUGCGGAAGCUUGGAAAAUUGUCUAAGCUAAACUAAAAUUUUGAAUUGCUUGACACUGAAAAAAAAAAAGAAAAACGAAUCAAACAUCCAAAACCCUCUCUUCAGAUCUACGUGAAGUUUUCUGCUCAGAUUCAGUUAGUACGAACUUCUUACUAAUUGAACGUGAGGGCUGUAAUAGGGAAUAUUGGCCCGAGGUUGUGGCAGUACGGACAGUGCCCAGCAAGGUCCGUACACAAACGAAACAGGGCCAAUAUUAUCCAAUACGGCUCGGGCAAUCGAGGUUGAUAAGUAUUUUAUUAUGUGGCACUCAAAUCAAACCUGUUUAUUUUCAACUUUCUGACUUUCGCGAACAAAAAUACUCGGCUUAUUACCGUUUCCGUGGAAACAGUCCGCAUGGCAAAAACCUGAGCCAAACUUUGGGAGAGUUGAGAACGAAGCGAUUUUAUAAUACGCCCAAGCUCGUAUAUUUCUUCGACUGGAAACCAACAUAACUUUUGAAAUCGACUGACAUUUCCAAACAAGCAUCUGAUACUCUCGACAAGUUUGAAGAAACCUAAAAAUGGAAAUUCAGUGAAAAUUUCUAACUGUCUGGAUCUUACUCCAGUUAGGACCCGGCAGUUCUACAUAGACCAACAGCGUCAGUCAAUUCAGUGCCAUCUUAUUUGUACUGUUACAUGCUAACGUUGAUCAAAGGCCUGAAUCGCCGAUCACAUAGGACUGGAUUACAAAGAGGAAAUUUUAAAUAACUCUAAGAGCGUCUUUUUGAGUAAAAGGGAAUUCUGUGGAAUCACAAGAACGUAACGUCAAACCAGAUUUCUCUAUUAAAAAGUGAACUACUU